AUGGCUCGCAAGGCCCUGGACAUUGCGACGGAUAACUGGGAGAGGCUGGCGGAGGACCGGACGAAGUGGCGCCAGCAGCUGCGCGAAGAUUUCUCAGGGAACUACCUCCACCUGGAUGCAGGGGCCCACACCCAGAGGAAGAGAGCCCGCCUGCUGAGUCCCGAGGUGGGGCCAGAGAGAGGCCCGCUCUGCCUCCUCUUCUACUACCAGCUCCAGGGGGAGGCCCAGGGGAGCCUCAGGGUGCUGCUGAGGGACAACGAGCAGGAGGAGACGCUGCUGUGGGCUCUUAAGGGAGACCAGGGGAACGGCUGGAGGGAGGGCCGUACCAUCCUGCCACAAAGCCCCAAGGAGUAUCAGGUGGCGUUCGAGGGCUUUUUUGAUCACCCAACUAGAGGACACAUCAGAAUAGAUAACAUCCACAUGAGCAGCAGCAUGGAGCUGGAGGAGUGCACACAGCCUUUACCUGCCUUAACUCCUGGCAUAACCAAUCCCAGGCCUAUGGAUUUUGGAAAGGAUCCUGUUUUCAACCCGAAGACAUCCAUCAAUGGAGACUAUGUCUUCCCAGGUUGGUCGUCCUUUUCCACCCCGUCCUCCUCCGAUGUGGACCCCUCCUCCGUCACCCUGAUGUCGGAGAAAGACAAGGACAAUGCCUGGCUGUACACGCUGGACCCCAUCCUGCUCACCAUCAUCGUGAUGAGCUCCCUGGGAGUGCUUCUGGGUGCGGUGUGUGCAGGACUGCUCCUCUACUGCACGUGCUCCUACAGUGGGCUGUCCUCGCGAUCCUCCACAACGCUGGAGAACUACAACUUUGAGUUGUACGACGGGAUCAAGCAUAAAGUGAAGAUCAACCAGCAGAGGUGCUGCUCAGAGGCAUGAAUAGAAGGAAGAAGACAUUAGGGAACUAGAUCCCUCGCCAAAGUUCUUUUGGUUCUCGGUUUGGACAAAGAAAAUAUGAAAAGGAAGCACUAUGUGAUAUUUCAAUCCCCUACCUUUUAUCCUGCUCUGAUGUCUAAAGGGGGAAACAUUCAACCCGGAGUGUUCCCACCUUUUUGGGUGCCAGUAGGAACAUUGAUUUCCCAACGAGGCCUAAAGCGGGGGAACACCUGAUCCCAAUCCCUCCUCCCCACAGUACCGCAUCUCCUCUGCCUGCAGGAGAGAGCCUGCUUGAUUCUUAAAGCCUGUGAAUGAUUGAAGGAAUGAAUAUGAAUGACAGAUCUAACAUAGAAUAUAACCCACCAUCCACUGGAAUGAAGUUUGGAUGUUGAUGGACUGCAGCACUGUGACAAUCUGGACGUUUGGACCAAAAUGACAGCACAGUCUUAUGUGAGGUGUUCAAAUGUGACAUGUACCCAUUACUGGUACUUGGUACAUGGGCAAUGUGAACUGUGUCCUCGUUGGCUUUAAUUUGAAUGUGGCUGAAAUGAAAAAGCUCUAGACUGUUGGUGAAGACUUCAGCACCAGUGGACCAUUCAAUGUGGGUACUUUUGACUGAAAUCAACACAUAUCAAGCGAAUGCCUAUCCCCCCCUAAAGAAGUUUUAAAAGAUAUCAAACUGAAAUGAAUCUAACGGUAAAGAAAGAUUUAAAAAGGACAUUUUCUUUUUAUUUGUCUCCAAGAGUUUUAGAUAUGAGUUCUGGGGCUUUCAAAAGUCCAUUAGUCCGCCACAUGGCGCCGCUCGCUCCUUUGUCUGCCCUCUGCGCUUUGUGAAACCAGUGGCAUAGAAGAGUAAUGGUGACUGUUUUUGUUAUGUUUUAGACUUGUGUCUGUUUGGAAAAAAAAAGGUUAAAGAAAAGCCAGCUUCAGUUCGUAGCCGCCCUGUAGAGCUCUUACGCCAUUUUUAGACUUUCUUUAGCGUUGUGUUGGACUACAUGGUCUUAACUGUUACUUCAGUCCUUUUCUAUUUUCACACAUUUUCCAUUGAUCAGACUUUACAAAGGAAGGUAAAGGAAGAUGGAAGACGGAAAAUCAGAGGUUUAUUUAAAUCUAACAUGCUGUUAUGGAGUCGUGCUUUAGAUUCAGUAUUCUAGGGUUUGUCUUUGGUAUAUAUCUAUAUUUUUUUGCUUUUCAGACUGUAUGAUGCCCAAAUGAUGGACAGACACUGUGUGAACAAAAUGUCAGUGAUUGUUUUAUCGCAACCUAUGGAUUGCCAAAGAGCUGUGUAUGUGCACAGGGGGUCCGAACAAGUGUUAAAAGAGGCCGGGUGGAGAAUGGACUGAGAGAUAAAUUACCCUGCCUUUUAUCCAACGCUCUUAUAGCGUCACCCCCCCUGAAUGAAAGACGCUCAAAAAAACGGAAGGAGAAGGAAAUGACUAAAGGAGGAUAGUGGAAAUCGUACCGUCGAUUUUCUUGGACACACAAUCGAGCCUUAAGCUAACUACAGUAAACGCUGUAUCGGAGGACAGCCAUCGGGGAGUGCCAGUGCUACUGAAGAACAGGAGGAGACACACACACACACACACAUACACACAUACAUAAGUUAGACAGGAAGAAAGAAAGAGGCAAGGGAAUUAUAUGGUUAUAUUAUGGUUAUAUGGUCGCAGCUGUUUUUAUAUCUAGUAGCGCAAUGGAGCAAUGUCUCUUGUUUGUAUCAAGCAUCUAAGCAUGCAGAAACUCAAAUGUGUAACAAGGAAGAAGGCAAGCUAGCAACCAAUUUGACAUUAUAUGGGUAUAAAACAGCGGAAAUGCAUUCAAGAUAGUUGUUGAAGCCCUUAAAAAGACACACAAUGUUGACAGAAUGCUUAUUCAAACACUUGUACAAAUACACAUGAAUUGGAAAUAGUCAGAGACUGACUUCUUUAGUGUCAAAAUAACAAGUGCAUUUGAAGUAAACUAUCUGCAGUUAAAGAUGUGCCUUGAACAUUGGAUUAACUUGUCAUUUGAAGUCUAUGAAAGAUUUAUAUGAAAACAUUCAUCGAUACAACUGGAGUUGUGCUGACAGAAAGGUGAUUGUCUGCCUGGAAAUGUGUCUGGCUGACAGACUGAUAGGACAGACAAUAACACGAGGCUGUCAGCAGGACAGGUGAAAGCUGACAAACCAGACAAAACAUACACACAGAAAGUAUAACAGAGGAAGGACAGUAUGGGGGAAAAACAUGUUGCACUUGUUGUUUCCCCCAGUCUCUCUCAUCUCUUCCUUUUCAGCGGUAUUGUUUGGAUAAAGCCAACAGGCCUAGUGAGAUGAAAUAAACAAAAGAAAAGUGGGAUCAUAAAAAGGUGUGGAAAGAAGAUCGUAUAAGGAGAGAUAAAGGGAGUGGAUAUAAUCGAGAGAGACUGAGGGUUUUCUGUCCAUCUAACUGCGUUUUCAUUGGACUGUUUUCCAAGUGCCUUGGAGCUCUUUUAUUAUGUCUCUCGAACGAACACCAGGUCAUUUAGAAACACGCACAUUUAGACUCUCUCUUUCUCCCGCUUGUCUUUAACACUUUCUUUCUUGAAGUCCAUUUAGUAUUACCUCUUCUGUCUCGAUGGAUACACACAUAAAUACACCGACACACUCAUACACACACACACACAGACAAAUGCAUUAAGAUGUACCGUACACACACAAACCUACGGCACUGGCCAGAUAACUCAAACUGUUGUUUGUAGACUUUGUACAGAAGAAUUUCUUUUUUAAUGUUAUUAUUAUUUAAUAAAGGCUAAAUAACAAGU